AUGGAUGGUUUCAAAGCCCGGGGGGUCUCAGAAGCAGAGGAGGCCUCGGGUGUACAGGGGGCCGGGUCCAGGGUCCUUGGAAUGAACGAGAACAGCGUGGCUGCUCAGGAAGAAGACCAACAGGUUUGCAGACCAGGCCCAGAGAGCCCUGAGAGGAAGCAGUCGGCUGGGCGAGUUGUCUUGACUCCCAAGCCUGGGCCCCUCCAGACAGCUUUCCAUUCGCAGAGCUCCCAGGGUAGGUACAAGAGGCCUUGCGAGAGCCACAUCCUGAGCUCGUGUACCAUCCGCAAUGGAAUCACCAGCUCCUACAGUUCCAGCCGUGCUUGCCCACCAGUGAAGAAGAGGAGGAGGGUUCCUGUCACAUCUCACUCCCCACUUCUUCUGGGAUCCAGGCAAAGACUGAAUGAGAAGGCCCUAGAGCCUGGCACCUCGGCUGCAGGGUUCAUGUCCAAUCUCACCCCGUGCACAGACAGUUCACGGGUGUCCUCAGGGCAGGAGAGGAUCUUGCAGAGCUGCGCAUUGCCAUGUGACAGCUCAAAGCCGCGCAGGUGCAAGACUCCUCUACUGCCACCAAGGCAAGGGCUUCCUCUGGUGCUGCCAACCGCCCCUGACCCAGGGUGCAGAGUCACAUCGCAUGAUCUAGAUGUGGAGAAGGAAGCAGUUUGGCGCUCCAUCAAAAAGCUGCUGGCUGGUGACAAGGAAGCCAGCCCCAGUGGGAGCUCCCCGCAGACUCCUGGUGCUUCCCCCCUGUCCUGUGCAUGGGCUGCUCCAACAGAAGCGGCACCUCCAGGCCCCAAGCUGACCCAGACACAGAACACCUGGGGGUGGGGGUCAAAGCAGGGUGCCCUAGACCUGCAGGGCACUCCAGAUAUUACACAACACCCCCAGAUCAUAUCCCAGGGCAUCUACAUACCUGGUCCCACAGCCUGCACCUGA